AUGGAAGAUAGCUUAACUACUAAGGUAAGAGAAGUGUUCGAUGGCUCUGCCAAAUCCUCGUCCGGUGUCUCUCUAAAUGAUGCCUUAAUGGUCGGUUCCACUCUUCAGGAUGAUCUUUUUGGGGAACUAAUUCGAUUUCGGUCACGAAAAAAUGCUCUGACCGCGGAUAUGGAAAAAAUGUACCGCCAAAUAAAGGUACAUCCUGAAGACGCCAUUUAUCAAAAGAUUGCUUUUCGCGCGAAUCCAGACGAACCCAUAAAAGUAUUUACAUUAAACACGGUCAAAUACGGUACAUCUUGCGCAUCCUUCCUUUCUAUUCGUGCUUUACAUCAAUUAGCGCACUAUGAAGGAUCAGCGCAUCCGUUGGCAGCCUCGGCUUUGAAACAAGAUUUUUACGUCGACGACUUGCUAACGGCUGCCAAUACGCACGAAGAAGCCCUACUUCUCCGCAAUGAUCUUAUUCAACUAUUACAUAUAGGGGGUUUUAACUUGCAAAAAUGGGCUUCUAUUCGAUCCGUCCGUUAUUUCUGA